ACAUGGAACGAGAGCGAAUGUUUUCAAAAUUAUUAAGGGAAUCAUGCUAUUGAUGGGAUUUGAGAAUUUAAAUAUGUGAAAAGUGAUAUGAUUUCGGAAACAGAGUAUUUGAAUAAUAUUUAAAAAUUAGUUAUAUAAGAAAAUUACAAUGGUGAAAACUUCUGAUUUUCAAGCUAUUAAAGAAUGUUUGGAGUCUUUUAAUGUCUGUAAUCGAUGUAUUUUAAGGUUUUUUGGAAUGAAAGAAUACACGAGCUAUAUAACAAAAUCAAGCAUUGAAAAAGCUUUCCAGCAAUUGUUGGAUGAUAAGGCAUGUGAACUUUCUGCUGCCAAACAUGAAACAGAAGACUUAAAUGCUUCAGAGGAAGAGAUUUGCCCUCCUCAUAAAAAACAUCAUUUUUUACCAUGUGCUGCAUGUCUUGGAAUUCUGCAAGAAUCAUGCGAUAACAUGGUAGCAAAGGUUGAAGAAGCUACUGCUAAAAGUGGACAUGAAUUUGAUGAUUUUGGCUUCAGCUAUCCUUCCCAGUUAGUUUUAGAUUUAGAGAUGGAGUUAUUAAGAUAUUUUAUUUUGUAA